AGCGUUCCCUGCCGCCAGGCAAGAUUUUAGUAAUUUCUUAAAAGCGAACCGUAGUGGAACUUACAACGAAGUAAUCAUUGAAUUGACUUAAUUUAGCCGUAUUUAGCGAUUGUUAUAAUAAGAUGGAUAUCUUUCAAGUUAUUUGCUUGACACUGUUCUUACUACUGAUCACCUAUCUACGCUACAAAUAUCAAUAUUGGCAGCUGCUUGGAGUGCCGCAGCUGAAAAUGAAUUUUAUUUUUGGCAACUUUUUCCGCAUAAAGAGUAUACAUAAGGCGGAACUCUUUCACGAAGUGUAUAGGGAGUUUCGUGGUAAGGCAAAUUUAGUCGGCACAUACAUUUUCACACAACCUAUUGCUGUUGUUUUGGAUUUAGACUUGGUUAAGUCUAUACUAAUUAAAGAUUUCCACAAAUUUACGAAUCGCUUUGUACAACGGAAGAUUGGCAGCGGUGUCAGAAAUAAUCUUUUCAGUCUGCAUGGUGAGAAGUGGCGUCCUUUGCGCACGAAGCUUACACCGACCUUCACGUCGGCGAAAAUGAAGUUUAUGUUUUCCACGGUAGUAGUAGUGGCACGUCAAUUGGAAGAGGCUUUCAGUGCUCAUAUGGCUAAGACGCCAAGUGGUCAUGUACAAAUACACGAUGUGAUGGGACGUUUUACAACCGAUGUGAUUGGUCAUUGUGCCUUCGGUGUUGAGUGUAAUAGCUUAAAGGAUCCAAAUGUGGAAUUUCGCCGCAUAGGCCGCCGUAUUUUCUAUCCAAAUUAUCUCUCUAUACGUCUACGUACAUUUAUGCUUACAUAUCCGGUUGUAUUUGAAUUUAUGAAAUUAUUCAAUUACAAAGAAUAUGCUAAAGAAAUUGACGAUUUCAUAGUGCAGCUUGUACGUGACACAGUGCGGCUGCGUGAAGAGCAGAAUAUUCAGCGUAAUGAUUUCCUCAAUAUGUUAAUUGAGUUGAAAAAUACCAAAGACGUGAAAGGCGUACCUGCAAUGAGUUUUGAUGAGGUUGCCUCACAGGUGUUCGUAUUUUUUGCGGCUGGCUUUGAGACCAGCUCCAGUAAUAUAACCUUUGGGCUAUUUGAGUUAGCGAAGAAUUCACGAAUACAAGAGAAGUUGAGAGCGGAAAUUUUGAGUGUUUUGGAGAAGCAUAAUGGCGAGUUGACCUAUGAAGGAAUGAUGGAGAUGACAUAUUUAGACCAGGUUAUAACAGAGACUCUCCGUAAAUAUCCAGUACUCGCUGCUCUCACACGUAUCGCCACUGAUGAUUUCAAAAUACCCGAUACAGAUAUCACUCUCAAGAAGGGCACACACAUCUACAUACCCGCUAAAGAGAUACAUUAUGAUCCGGAAAUCUAUGAUAAUCCAGAAGAAUUCCGCCCAGAGCGCUUUGAUCCGGAAGAAGUGGAAAAACGUCAUCCACAAGCUUUCCUCGGUUUCGGUGAUGGACCACGUAACUGUAUUGGCCUACGCUUCGGACGUAUGCAAGUGCGUGUUGGUUUGAUAACUUUGCUCAAAUCUUAUCGCUUCAGCUUACCGGAGCAGACACCAACCGAAUUAGAGAUUUCCAAACGUACUACAGUGCUUGUACCACAGACCGAAGUGUGGCUGAAGGCAGAGAAGCUGUGAGGAUAAAAUAAAUACUUUUUGUUGGUAUUCUUCACACAAUAUUUCAAUAUAUUGUUUACCACAUAUCUUUUGAUGGAAUCAAUUGA